UUACGUGUGGGGCGCGGGGGCGCUUGGCGCGGGCGCCCGCAGAGGUCAACGGACACUUAAGCGAGGGAGAUUCCAUCGUGUCUGCCCCAGGGGGGAAGGUGGGAAAGAGGUCAAAAUGCAGAUCUUCGUGAAGACCCUGACCGGCAAGACCAUCACCCUGGAGGUGGAGCCCAGUGACACCAUCGAGAAUGUGAAGGCCAAGAUCCAGGAUAAGGAGGGCAUUCCCCCCGACCAGCAGAGGCUCAUCUUUGCAGGCAAGCAGCUGGAGGAUGGCCGCACUCUUUCUGAUUACAACAUCCAGAAAGAGUCCACCCUCCAUCUGGUUCUGCGUCUGAGGGGUGGUAUGCAGAUCUUCGUGAAGACCUUGACCGGCAAGACCAUCACCCUGGAGGUGGAGCCCAGUGACACCAUCGAGAAUGUGAAGGCCAAGAUCCAGGAUAAGGAAGGCAUUCCCCCCGACCAGCAGAGGCUCAUCUUUGCAGGCAAGCAGCUGGAAGAUGGCCGCACUCUUUCUGAUUACAACAUCCAGAAAGAGUCCACUCUCCAUCUGGUUCUGCGUCUGAGGGGUGGUAUGCAGAUCUUCGUGAAGACCUUGACCGGCAAGACCAUCACCCUGGAGGUGGAGCCCAGUGACACCAUCGAGAAUGUGAAGGCCAAGAUCCAGGAUAAGGAAGGCAUUCCCCCUGACCAGCAGAGGCUCAUCUUUGCAGGCAAGCAGCUGGAAGAUGGCCGCACUCUUUCUGAUUACAACAUCCAGAAAGAGUCCACUCUCCAUCUGGUCCUCCGUCUGAGGGGUGGCUGCUAAUUCUCCAGUCUUGCAUUCAUAAUGCCCACUGAUGGCAUUACUCUGCACUCUAGCCAUUUGCCCCAAUUUAAGUUUAGAAAUUACCAGUUUCAGUAAUAGCUGAACCUGUCCAAAAUGUUAAUAAAGGUUUUGUUGCAUGGUAGUGUA